AUGCCGUUUGCAGUUUUCUGUCGCUUUUGUGGGAAACAAUUCAAAACAGGUGUUUCUCUAAGAAAACACUACGAACUGAAGCAUCAUGAAGACCGCCUUUUUGAGACAACAAACAUAUUUGUGGAUGAAUUUGGCAAUCGCUGCGAUGAGCCAAAAGCAACUGCGCUUGGAAACGACGCAGAACUUCAAGAAUAUCUGAAAUGGCUAUCCGCUUUGGUGGAGAGAAUAAACAUGUCAUUGGUACCUGAUCAUCCAGGUGAAUACUAUGGUUUAAAUAUUUCUCUGUUUUGGAAGCUGUUGUUAACACGGUUCGGUUCAUUUCUUGAUAGGAAAGUGGUGUCAUAUCGACUGUUUUCAAGUACCCGAGCGGUAUUUUCGUCACAUUUUGCAUCGGUUGGAAAGUCCGAGGCUUGAUAGCGUUCGCGAUGUUUCACACCGCCGCCAGCCUAUUUUCAAAAGAACGGCAAGACGAUUGUCGUACAAAAUAUUUGAGGAGCAAACGUUCAAAAGGAUUCUAGAAGAGCAGGACUCUUUGCUGUUUAAGUCCCAUGCAUUGUUCAGUAACCAGGACGAAGUUCCUGAUAUUUCAAAUAUGGAAGCAGAGGAGGCUCUUGAAUUUGCCAAAGCAAGGGCAAAAAAACCAGUACCACGACCAACGAGUCGAUCGUCAAUGGAAAUUAGCACGGGGGAGGGCCGUUCCACUCGAGAAGUUGAGUUAAUUUGGUGGCCAAGCUUAUACUCGAGAUCGCUUUAUGGGAAACUGACUCUGCGUUUCUAUGUCAAAAAAACUUCAAUUUAG